CGCACCGGAUUAAAUCGCACGCCCAACUUGCUAUCAUUUAUUAUCAUUUAUGUUUAUCUCUCUUGGCGAAUCUGAACUACUUACUGACAACAGAUAAUUCGUCAGGUAGCAGAAAAUAUACUCAGGUAUAGGUCAAAGGUGAAACUGCCAAGCGGGAGUCGAGAGACCGAAGAAAAGAGAGAUAGAAGCGUUUACCAACUUCGGUACUUUCAUAACUCCAAAGAAAACAACAACAUGGACUCAACCUCCAGUCAGGACCAACCUCUUGGAUUGCAAGGUCCGAUGAAUAUAGCACAGGACAUCCAUAUCUGCGGGAUAUGUAAACACCAGUUCACAGACAUUGAGGUAUUCCUCGCUCACAAACGCAGCUGUACCCCGCCGAACGUCCGCGUUUCUGUCGAGAGUUUGUUGCAGCAAGUACCGACCAUCGCCACAACUCCGGUCAGCCUCACGCAAAACUUUACCAUAACGAACAACCUGCCACCAGCUGGUAGUGAGACCCUUUCUACUGCAGGUAGUACAGUACCUACAAUAUAUCUCACUACCACGAAUGGGACAAAUCACUCGCCGGCAAAUGUGGUAUCGUCAGCAAAAACCCCAGCACGGACUAAACCGGCUGUCGAGAAGAAGUUCAAAUGCCAGUACGAGGGCUGUUCGUUCACGACGGCGUACAACAAGGACUUGGAUCGGCACGUGAGGUCACACACAGGUUGUAAACCCUUUUCGUGUAGCGUCUGUCAGAAGGCUUUCAAUCGCAGGGACAAGUUAAAACAGCACCUGAGGGUACAUAGCGGGGAGAAGCCAUAUGCCUGUUCACGGUGCAGCUACGCUGCAGCAGAUAGCAGCAGCCUUAAGAAGCACGUAAGAACUCACACAAACGAGCGACCGUUCAAGUGCCAAAUCUGUCCGUACGCGAGUCGGAAUUCAAGCCAGCUGAUCGUUCAUUUGCGUUCGCACACAGGAGACUGCCCCUUCCACUGCCAGUUGUGCGAGGCUAAGUUUAAGAUAAAAUCUGACCUCAAGCGACACAUGAGGACACACACGGGGGAUAAACCGUAUAAAUGUGACCUUUGUGACUACCGCUGCGCCAUGAAAGGCAAUCUGAAGGUUCACGUACGGAACAACCACGGUCCGUGCACGCUCUCCUGUCCGCAAUGUCCGCAGACAUUCCAGAACAAAGCCCAGCUUCGUGCGCACUUAAAGACACACCAAGAGGUAAGGACGGAAACAUCCUCCCUUUCCGUCUCCGAGAAAACGACCUCCAAAGAGCACCAGAGGGAAAGACUCUUCAAAUGCCAGUAUUGUAGCUUUGAGUCAAGACAUGCUGCAAAUGUGAGAAAUCAUACUAAGAAGCACCACGGGGACACAGCAAGACAUAGUCAGAACAAGGGGCAGGGGAAAAACAGCACAGAGUCUAACAAUGUCAAACAGGUGAAGACAAGACAAGGAAGUGCCAACCUCUUAAGAUGGGGGAGUAAGAAGCCGUUCUCUUGCAGCAUCUGUAAGGAGUCGUUUGUGAGAGAAGACUCCUUGAGGAGCCACAUGAACCAGCACAAGGAGGUGCAGGACACACUACAGACCACAGCUCUGGCUGUGUUAAAGCUACAGGAGGUACCAUCGCAAGGCAGGGGUGGGCAGGGUAGGGGAGAAGAGGAGGAGUCUAGGGAGACUGAGGAAGGCUCUGAAAACACACAGCCCUGCUCUAAAGAUUCCAGAGGUUUGUCCUUUGUCACCACAUCAGGCAGCAGCCGCAUGUCCGUCCCUGAGAACGAGCCAGCUGUGACAGUCCAGCCAGCGAACACUGUCACCAUCCUCACACCUGAUGGAGCAACAGAGAUUGUAUAUCCAGUCAUGACUACCUACAUGGAGCAAGAUACCCCACUGAUAACCCUGGACAAGAGAACAAUAGGCAUCAGUAAUGAGCAUCUCCCUCCCAGGAUAGAGAGCUCCCAGCUGCUCUCAGCACCUCUAACCGGACCUGGCAUGGAGAACACCUAUCAACUCAUACAGGUGGAGACUGUACCUGUCACUAAGGCGGAUGAGAACGUACCACGAACCAGCCACUCCACCCUGCCUCACAGCAGCAGCUCAGGACAGACUACAGUGGAGAGACUACAGCUAUCUGCCUCUUCUUCUGAUGCUGACUAUGUUCAGACAAGUACAAGACCGCUGGUCACGAGGACUACAGGUUUUGUGCCACCUCCCCAUGGCCAGUCCUUUGUCACCACCCCCAGCACGUCAGAGAGUUCUGUUUUACAACAACAGGAGAUUGUAACAAGUAGACAGAUGAGUGAGGUCAACAACCUGAUAUUACGACCCUCUGACAUCAACAGGUCCAUCUCUACAACUAGUGUGCAUGAUCAGGGGGUGCCAAAUGUCAUGACGAUUGGUCAGCAGUUCUCGGAGUCUAUCGGUGGUCAUCCACGGAAUGGCGGUCACUCCGUGAUGUACACGCCCGCCUUGAGCUCCGUGAUCACGGCGCCAGUUUUUACACACGUUCCCAACUUCCAGUCACACAUUGGUACAGAGCACUCGAGAACAACAAGGUUUGUGGAACCCAGUCAGACAAGACCGCCACACACAGACUUGGACAUCUUUCACUCGGGGCUUGUCUCAGCACAGCUGCACCCUGAAAACUCUGCCACACACUUUACAAACAUCACACUCUCGCAGGAGUACCUGCCACAGAUCAUUCCUGCACAGUCCGUACCGCUACACAACACCACAGACUGCAGCCCCCCCACCUCACGGGGAGCCUCCAUCUUGAACUUGUCCAUCAUGCGGGAGGGGGGCUUCCAGGAAGACACCGUGGCUGGCCAGGACCAGUCGAGCCACCUGCAGAGGAUGGGACACGCAGGUGGAGACGUGCACCCACAAGCUGAGGUCAACACCGACAGGCUGCAGGGACAGACAAACAACAACAACUUUGUCGUGAUCACAUCACAAGCAAGGCAAGGGAGCCACACACUUGGAUAACAUGGUUGAGCGAGCGUUACAGUAUUAUCAUUGCCGGGAUGACGUCAAGAUACUGGUCUGCAGCUGGGCCCCCUGGGAUGGAGACGGGGAUGCUGGCGUCUGUCACCAUGGCAACAGGAUGCAGGAGUCUGUCACCAUGGCAACGGGAUGCAGGCAUCUGUCACCAUGGCAACUGGAUGCAGGAGUCUGUCACCAUGGCAACAG